AUGGAAAAGUCCAAAGUUGAUGUGCUAGCGGUUCAAGAAGUACGAUGGCAAGGAUGUGGUGAAAUUGAAUGCAAUGAUACAAAAUUCCGUUUUAGUGGUGACGCUGAAAGGUCUGGUAGGUCUGGGACUGGUUUUCUGCUUAACAAGCGAGUGGAAAAAUCGUUUUUGGGCUUCAGAUCAAUAAAUGACAGAAUAUGUGUAAUCUCCCUUAAAGGAAUGUUUAGCAAAUUUACACUGAUAAAUGCCUAUGCUCCAACAGAAGAUGCAGAUGAUAUCGCUAAAGAGACCUUUUAUGCAGACUUUGACGAGACAAGCACGAAUCAACAUGUGUAA